AUGUCAUUUAAUUUUGCCUCUUUAAAGAAAAACUUACAGGAUUUGUCAUCAUCGGCUAUACAGGCCGCAAAUGAAGCUCAAUUAGAUCAAAAACUUAAAAAUCUCUCAGAAACAGUUACUUCGACCACUUCCCAAUUGCCAAAUUUUGCUGCUAAGACACAACGUUAUGUAGAGGAAAAAAUUGGUCGUGUUACCGAUAUAUCUCAGUUGCCUUCAGAAUUUGUUGAAUUAGAUAACAGAGUCUUAAGAUAUAAAAUUUGUUAUCAAUCUUUACUAAAAGUUACUUCCACUUUUGAUAAUCCAAGUUAUGAUUAUCCACAACAUAUUAGAGACUCUGUUAAUGAUUUUUCCAACAAUGUUGCCAGCAAAAUCACAGAUUUGAGUCGUGCCACUUCUACCACUGAAGCUCAAAAUAUUUUAUUGAGUAACAACGCAAACUUGUCUCAACCAAAAACUUUAAAUUUUGCCCUAUCCAAAGCUUCUCUACAAAGUUGUGAGUUGUUAAACAAAUCUUCUGAGGAUGAACUGGUAGCUAGUGCAUUAUUAGAAUUCAGUAGUUCUGAAGCUAAGAUCGGUGAAUUCAGACUGCAACAAGAUACUAUGAUACAAACUAGGUUUAAUAAGAAAAUUAGAACUAUGUUAGAAAGCAACUUUAAAGAUGCCGGCAGUUCUAAGGGAACCGUGGAAAGUUGUAGAUUAGAUUAUGAUAUUGCUAGGUCUAACUUGGCAAACAAUACUCAACCAGAAAAAGACGCCUUAUUGAGAGUUGACAUGGAAAAUAAAGAAGAUAAAUUUGCACAAGCCACAGAAGAUGCAAUUGUUGUCUUCACUCGCGUUUUAAAUAAUGUGAAGGUUAUUGAUUUAUUAAAGUCAUUUGCUCAAGCUCAGUUAGAUUACCACAAAAAAUGUAUACAAGUUUUAUCCGACUUGUCCUUCGGUGAUGUUGAUGAUGAUUUUGGAGAAGAAAAUACUGUUGCUGCCACCCCUGAAAAGCCAGCCGUUUCUGCUGCUGCUGCUGCUGCCACUACUACUACGACUGGUCCAGCUAAUUAG